AGUACAAGACGGACCGGGCGCGCGAUCGGUUGUGACGGCGAGCGGCGCGCGGGCAGUAAGGGCGAGGUCAGGAUGCGUGGCAGAGCAUCCAGGAUAGCAGCAGCAACGCCCACCGGGCCGAGGGUAUCAACAUCGGUGCUGGAUGAUCGACGACACCAGCGCGAGUGUCGCGCGUGCGGUAAUGCACACGAUGUAGUGACCUGCAAGUUUGCUCGCUACGUGUGUCGAGUGUGCAAUAAACAAGGGCAUUUACAAAGGAUGUGUCCUUAUCUAGCAGGACAACACAGCCUCGACGUGGUGCAGAGUGAGACUGACAGUUUAUUAAACAGUGAAGGAAGUGACGAGUUCCAGAUAUUGUAAGGUGUUCGCGGACGGCCUGGGACGGUUCACUGGGCCGCCGGUGAGCAUCCGCGUGCGGGAGGGAGCGCAGCCCGUGUUCAUGCGAGCGCGUCCGCUGGCUUAUGCGUUGCGUGCACCCGUGGAGCGCGCACUCGAGCAGCUGGUGGCGGACGGUAUCCUCACACCCGUCGACCGCUCCGACUGGGCGACUCCCAUUGUGCCCGUAGUGAAAAAAGACGGUAACAUUAGGAUUUGCGCCGAUUAUAAGUUAACUUUAAAUAAAGUUAUAGAAGUCGACCGUUAUCCUUUGCCUAGAGUAGAAGACUUACUGGUACGUUUACAAGGGGGGCAGAGGUUCAGUAAAAUUGACCUUUCACAAGCUUACGCACAAUUUGUACUUGACGAAUCUGCCAAAUAUACGGUGAUCAACACACAUAAAGGUUUGUUUAGGUAUAACCGCUUAGUAUACGGCUUAUCAUCAAGCCCUGGCAUUUUUCAAAAACAUUUAGAGCAAUUAUUUAAUCUACCGUAUGUAGGCGUAUUUUUGGACGAUAUAAUUAUUACAUGGCGCAACACAGAGGAGCAUAUUAGUAAUUUACAUAAAGUAUUUGACCGUUUGCAGUCGUACGGACUUCGAGUUAAAAAGGAAAAGUGUGUAUUUUUUGCUGAAUCAGUCAAUUACUUAGGUUAUGUAAUUAGUAAGGAUGGUAUUCACACUUGUCCGGAUAAGAUUAAGGCAAUAGUAGACACUCCCGUUCCUACGAACGUGUCUGAGUUAAGGGCCUAUAUAGGAAUGAUAAUGUAUUAUGCAAAAUUCGUAAAAAAUAUCAGGACUAUUCUCGCACCCUUAUAUAAUUUAUUGCGUACGGGAAUAAAAUUUGAUUGGUGUGACGAUUGUCAAAGAGCCUUUAAAAAGGUAAAAGAACUAUUGAGUUCUAGUAAAAUUCUAAUGCAUUACUCUAGCGAUUUGCCUAUUGUGCUGACGUGUGAUGCGAGUAGCGUGGGUGUAGGUGCAGUGAUCUCGCACCUGACGCCAGAGGGCGAGCGGCCGGUGGCGUAUGCGUCGCGCUCGCUCACGGCUGCAGAGCGAGCCUACUCGCAGAUCGAUCGGGAGGCGCUCGCUAUUGUGUUCGGUGUAAGAAAAUAUCAUCAGUAUCUUUAUGGGCGAAAAUUCAUAUUGCGUACGGACCAUAAACCGUUAACACACAUAUUCGGUAAAAAAACGGGAAUACCGGUUAUGGCCGCUUCACGUAUCCAACGUUGGGCCGUACUUUUAUCUGGUUACGACUACAAUAUCGAAUACGUAACGUCUAAUAAAAAUUGCGCCGACGGUUUAUCAAGAUUACCAAUUUCUUCUAAUAAUAAAAAAACGAUAAAUAGAGAAAUUACUUAUAUUAACUUCGUUGAAAAUUUUUUACCGGUUACUAAUGAGGAUGUUACGAAGGCGACUUCAAAGGAUAUUAUUCUUAGUAGAAUUUUCGCCUAUAUCAAAUCGGGUUGGCCGACAGUUUGCCCUGGUGAAGAGGUUAAACCUUAUUUUGUUAGGCGCAAUGAACUAUAUUUAGAUAACGGGUCGAUUAUGUGGGGGUAUAGAAUGGUAAUACCUUCAUAUUUACGUCCAAUUAUUUUAAAACAACUACACAGCAGCCACAUGGGUAUUGUGAAAACUAAGGGGCUGGCACGGAGUUAUGUGUGGUGGCCGAACAUCGAUGCGGAUGUGGAAGCGCUAUGCCGAAGCUGCGAGACCUGCGCCUCUGAGGCGGACGCCCCGCCGCGCGCGCCUCCUAACCCCUGGCCCUACUUGCCUCCCUGGUCUAGAGUUCACAUAGACUUCCUAGGACCGUAUAAAGGUAAAACUUAUUUAGUUUUAAUAAAUUCGAGCUCGAAAUGGCUUGAAAUUAUUGAAGUAGCGCGAACGAAUGCGACUUCCAUUGUUAAGGUGCUGAGGUCAAUAUUUGCAAGAUUCGGUUUGCCCUUAGAACUAGUGUCUGACCAGGGACCGCCUUUCACAAGUAUUGAAUUUAAAAGUUUUUUGCUGCAGCGACGUUCCUUGCGUUCACGGUUGGAUUUACUUCGCGGUGGGUACGUGGUGCAAGCGCGUGUGCUCGAUGCUCAGCAGCGUCAAGUCGAAUAUGCGGGUGGUGUUCCGCGUAAUUUCUCUUUGGGAGACACCGUCUGGAGUAGGGACUACGGCACCCGGGAUAAAUGGGUCAAGGGCACGGUAGCCCAGAAAGAAGGUUCUGGAAGAUACGUUCUCGACAAUGGUGACGGUCGACUUAUUAAAAGACAUAUUGAUCAAAUAAGACGUAGGUCGCGCUUAUCCGAUGUUACCUGUCCAGAUAUCACUAAUGAGGUCGAUGAAAAGGAUGAGGAUGAGUUUGCAGAUGCGUCUUCAGAGUUGCAAACGGAGGUGGCGGUUUCGGCUGGAAAAGAUGACGUGGAUACCGAGCACGUGGCAGAUACGCAAUGUCCCAGCGAGACUGUACCAGGCCCCGCCACUCCUCCACAACCACCGCCACCGUCGCGGCCAGUGACCCGUUCCAGGCGAAUCCGAAAACCCGUAAUUAAAUUCCAAUGUUAGAUUAAUGGUAUACUUAGUUAAAUUAUAAGUUUAAAACUAGUUAUUAAGUUCAUUGCUAUAUAAUUAUGUAGAUAUUUAAGGCUGGAGGUGUAAGGUAUUUGUUAAUUAUUGUAACGUCACCGCUCAGUCCGCCAUUAAAGCCGUUACGAGAAAGACAUCUUUCAUUCAAUCCCAAGAUAUUGCACUUACCAUUGCCAUUCUUACGCCUUCAGUCAUCCAAGGGGCAGGAGGACGCUUCAACCGGACGUUAUGGACAGGAGCAUGAGCAUCAAACAACCUGAGAACUUUAUCAUUAAGAAAAGAGACUUUACCGUCAAUUGUAGGUUCUGCUACCAAACAAGAUAAAUUGAGAUUUUGAGCGUCACUCAUUAACUUAUCGUAAUUAAUUUUAGAGAAAUUGCGUACAGGCAGUAAGGGACAAGAGCGCUUUGGGGGUUUGAGCUUAUAAGAAGCGUAUAAAAGGUCGUGACGCGAAAAACCCAAAGCAGGCAACUGUCCGUGUGACACAACAUGCUCAGGAGAAGCAGCAAGAAUAAGAUCAAUUAAGGAGUCAUCGGUAUCGACAUUGUGAUGAGUAGACCCUAGUGGGAGAAAGGUAAGAUUGACUGACUCCAUUAUUGAUUGAAGUUUUUGAGAACGAAGAGAAAUCUUCAACAAAUCGGUAUUAAAAUCGCCCAUGAUUAUACAGUGUGCGUACUCAGAACAAACGUCAUCUAGAGCCGUUUCUAAAGUGGCGAAAAAAUCAGAGGAGGGCGGGCAAUACACAACUCCUAGAAGCAUCCUUGCACUUUUGACGUCAAGCUCCAAAAAUAAAUACUCCGCUGAGCCUGAGUAGCAAGAUGGAGAGGCUAAUACUAUUUUAUGCGGAACCGAAGCACGCAAAUAGAUAGCCACCCCACCGCCUCCUUUAUCAGUGCGAUCGUUUCUUAUAAGCACGUAACCUGGCAAGGGAUAUAAGGUUGAAUGCAAAGAUGGCUUUAGCCAGGUCUCCGACACUAGAAUUGCAUGAACGUAAUUAGAAGAGAAAGACAAUUCGAGUUCGGAGUAGUGGCAAGGGAUGCUUUGAGCGUUAAUGUGACAUAUGUUAAAAAAAUUAUCACAAGUUGAAAAUACCCCUUCCAGUAGAUCAUGUAGAUUAGACCCGCUGUCACUAAAAUAAUCAUUACAAGAAUUAAAAGAAAGAAAUGAAUCAUCUACAGAAUAAAAAGAUUCUACAUCAGACAUAAAAAUAGCAAAAUUUACUAAAAUUAU